AUGAUCGCGGAAUCGAUUUGCGAGCCUUGUCGUCGUCGAUGUUUUUUGAAGAGUGAGGUGAUUGGAAACGACGACCCUGUUAUCAAGAAACCGCGAUUGUCAAGUUGCACCCUUUGUCUUGGUAUUUUGAAUGAGACUGUCCUUGAUGAAGUGAUCAACGUUGCAUUCCGGGCCUUGGAAUCAAUUGGAUAUGAAUACACAUCCCUGUGUUUCAAUCUUACAACUCCGGUUGCCAUUCUAGUUCGUGAAGCGUCGUUUAAAAUUGCAAAUUCGGGAAAGGCCUUACCAGACCUGAAAGAAACUUGGAAGAACAUACUACAGUCAAGACUGGAUGCGGCGGGAAGGACUUGUAAUCUUGUGCGCAAUGCCGAUGAAGAUGAUACAGUUGUUUCUGUGAAUGUCAAGUAUACUUACGUUGAUGACAAGAAAGAGUGUGAGAAGGUACGAUCACUCGACCCUUCAUUUGCUGCGAAUCACAAGAAAGUACAUGGAGUGAAGUAUGACGAAAGGGUGUUGACCAGACUGUAUGUCCAGUCUGUGCUAGAUAAUGCUUCAUCGUCAUCGAUAGAAAAGGUUUUUCCAUAUCCCAUGGGCUAUGAAUCUGAAGCAGUUUUGGGCUCAGUGGAAACUUCUCGUUGUUCGUAUUGGCUAGCUGGAAGGUAUAUCAAACGUUCGCGAACUCUUCCUCAAACGCCGUGGGUUAUUGAUGGGGUUCGUAAGGGAGAAACAUCUCUGGAGGAAAUCAUUCGCGACGGAAUUCUGUCCUGCGUGCCGUGUGACAGUGUUAGGUUUUCCUCGAGUGGUCGUGAAGACGUGGAUGUGAGAUGCUUGGGUUCUGGUCGACCCUUCCUGUGCCAGAUUAUCAAUCCAAAAAAGCUUGGCAAGGACAAAAUGACUGCGCUCGCUGUGAAGAAUGCCGUCAAUUCAUCAAGCAAUGAUAUUCAAAUCCGAGAUGUUCAAUUCGUUUCCAAAGCAGAAGCCGGUAACUUGAAAGAAGGCGAAGAGGAAAAGAUUAAAUGUUACGAAGCAUUUUGUGUAUCGCAGGAGGAAAUCUUGCCCGAGAAAUUGGAUAAAUUGCAAGAGCAUUCCGGUUUGACAAUAACUCAGAAAACGCCCAUUCGAGUUUUACACAGGAGAAGUUUAGCUGACCGUGAGCGAGUUGUGCACAAGUUACAAGCUUCACCUUGUCCUGGAAGAGAUGCAAGAUUUUUCAUAUUAAAAUUGGAUACUCAAGCAGGGACGUAUGUCAAGGAGUUUGUUCACGGUGAUCUGGGACGGACUUCGCCAAAUUUGUCUCAAAUUCUGGGGGUCGCAACUGACAUAGUUGCCCUGGAUGUUGUUGCUGUGUUGUUUGAUUGGCCCCCAUGCCUUCAAGACUGA